UAGUAAUAAACCAUUUCACAUUGGAAAUGUCAGAACAUUCAGUGUAUAAAUACAUGCGCGCUCGUACCAUUUUCUUAUUAUACAGUAAGCACUAGUUUAGCAUUCUAUUUGUUGGAAGUGGAACAAGAUGCAUUCAUUGAGCGAGGAGAUGCAUUCAUUCAAAGGCUAUGGCAAAGUGGAUGCCCUGCAUCAGGAAAAAUUAGUUGCCAGAAAGAAGUCAAGAAGAAGAAUCAUCAUAAUCGGUAUAACUUGUUUGGUUUUGAUAGCUAUAAUUGUCUCUGUUGCAGUUGCAGUUGUCCGAUCUAAAAGCAGCAGCAAGGAUGAAGAGCCCACUGAAAUGCAAACGAGCAGCAAGGCCAUGACAGCCGUUUGCAGCGUCACGGUCUACAAAGAAAAGUGCAUUUCCAGCCUUUCCUCUUACAAUGGCUCCUCCAAGCUAAGCCCCAAGGAUCUAUUUAAUAUUGCAGUGGUCGUGGCCAUGAGGGAAGCACAGAAUGCCCUUUCUGUUGUCUCUAAUCUCACGGAACAAAUUACCGAUCCGGAGCAGAAACAGGCGUUCAAAGACUGUGGGGAGCUAAUAGACCAAACUGUAGACCAGCUAAAUAGUUCUAGUGACGAUUUGAAGAAUUUCAAUCUCAAAUCGUUGACUGAGCCUUCAAGUGAUGUACGGACUUGGCUCAGUGCUGCGCUCACAAAUCUGGUCACCUGUGUUGACGGCUUGUCCAACACCACUUCAAGUCAAGGUAAAGAUCAGAUGCACAGUAUCGUGGACAAUCUGAGCGAGUUGACCAGCAAUUCUCUGGCGAUUGUAAGCAAUGUUGCAAAAUUGCUGAAAAAAUUGAAGAUAUCCUUCCCUACCCGACGUCUGUUGAUGGAUGAUUUCAAUCCUGCGGAAAAUGGGUUUCCAGGGUGGGUGUCUGCAACGGAUCGAAGGCUUCUACAGACAGACAUAGUGCCUAAUGUAAUUGUGGCGAAAGAUGGUACUGGGAAUUAUAAAACGAUUCAGGAGGCAGUGGACGCAGCCCCUACCAAGAACGAGACCAGAUUCAUUAUCAUGGUGAAACAGGGGAUUUACCAGGAGACUGUGGAAGUGAGCAAAGCGAAGACAAUGUUGAUGAUAGUCGGUGAUGGUAUGGAUAAAACGAUUAUUACUGGCGAUAAAAGUUUUGGGACAGGCACCAAAACGUUUCAUACUGCAACAUUAAUUGCUGUUGGAAAGGGAUUCAUUGCUCAGGACAUACAAAUUAGAAACACUGCAGGAGCAUCCAACCAUCAAGCUGUGGCUGCUCGAGUUGGGUCGGAUGAAUCGCUGUUCGUUAAGUGCAAUAUAAGCGCCUACCAAGACACUCUCUAUGCACAUUCUCUCCGUCAAUUUUACAGAGACUGCUACAUUUCUGGUACAGUGGAUUUCAUCUUCGGAAAUGCUGCUGUUGUGUUUCAGAAUUGCAUCAUUGCUGCACGGCUACCGGAUCCAAAUCAGAAGAACACUAUAACUGCUCAAGGGAGAACAGAUCCCAACCAGAAUACCGGAAUCUCCAUCCAGAACUGCAACAUUACUGGAGAAGCCGAUCUCUUUGCCGCCAAGGACACUUUUGCUACAUACCUUGGGAGACCCUGGAAAUUGUACUCGCGGACAGUCAUAAUGACCUCCCACAUGGACGAUAUCAUUAAUCCUGCUGGUUGGCUUGAAUGGAACGGAGACUUCGCAUUGGAAACUUUGUAUUAUGUGGAAUAUCAGAACACUGGUGCAGGAGCUGCUCUCGACCGUCGUGUAACGUGGCCUGGUUUUAAAAACACCACCGAUGCAAAUGAAAUGGCUAAAUUUACAGUGGAGAGUUUCAUAGGCACUUCGUGGUUGCAGGCAACGAAGGUUACAUUUUUUUCAGGUUUAACCGCAUGAUGCAACAAAAGUUGGGCAUUUGCAUUUUGUCAUAUACUUGCGAUUGUAGUAGAUACCAGAAGGAACAUUACCAUGCUACGUAUGAAUGUAAAAACUGGCAUUGGCCCACUGUAAGACCGAUAUUCUUUAUUAAUGACAUAUCACUCCCAAUUUGUCACCCCAUCAA